AUGCAACUCGUCGAAUUAAGUCAAGAUCAGGACACUAAACCUAUUCAACUUUCGCUUGGCACGGCAUCUUUGCCAUCUCUCCUUAAACAAUUGCAGGACGAGUGGGACGCGACGAUGCUGAAUACUUUUACUUUACGUCAAGAACUCAAAUCUGUUAGAGAAGAAUUGACGCAUGCUUUAUUUCAGAUUAAAGGGUAUUGGUGGAUUUGGCAAGAUAUCAGGGAUUUGAAGGGAUAUUGUGGGAUUUGGGGGCAUUAUAGGAAUGAUGCAGCCUGUCGUGUUAUCAACCGUCUGAGUAGUGAAUUACAACAAACUCGUCAUAUUAUUGCUACAUUACCUCAUGGACGAGGCAAAAAUGUUGAAAGUGAAGUUGAAGUUACUGAUGUUGAGAUGCAUCAAGAUGGAGAAGGGCUUCCUGGAAUUGAUACGGAUUUGAUUGAGUUCUUCACAUUAAAAAGCCAAGAAUUUUCCUCUUCGCGUAAACAAAAAGGAAAAAAUUUGCCUGAAGACUUGGCAUCUGUUGAAGAUGUUAAACGAUAUGAAGAAAUUAAAUGCCACGAUGCUUUGCAUAGUGCAAGUGUUCCGGGAAUUACUGCUUUGGAUUUGCAGCAAAAUAUGAUAUUAACUGGUGGUAUUGACAAAGCUGUCGUUCUAUUCAAUUCUCAAACGGAGACCGUUGAAAACGUUUUCAAAGGAAAUCAGAAACGUGUUAAUGCAAUUCGUUUACAUCCAAAUUUGGAAACUAUAGUUUCUGGAGGGCAGGAUUCAAAGAUUCGAAUUUGGUUGGCUAAUGAUCCAGAUGCUCGUAACGUAAUUAAUAUUCACGACCAGGCAAUUACGGAUGUCUCUCUUCAUCCAACUGGAGAUCACUUUCUUUGUACUUCAGACGACUCGUAUUGGUCAUUAACUGAUUUAAAUACUGGCAGCCCGUUAAUUAAGGUUAAAUCUGGUGAUGAUGAUGUCUCUUUACGUUGUGGACAAUUUCACCCUGAUGGUUUAAUUUUUGGAACUGGUGCAAAAAGUUCAAUAGUUAAAAUUUGGGAUAUUAAAGAACAAAAUAAUGUUGCACAAUUUCCUGGACAUUCAGAUUCUGUUUGUGCAAUAUCAUUUUCUGAGAAUGGUUAUUAUUUGGCUACUGGUUCUUUGGAUGGAGAAGUUAAAAUUUGGGAUUUGAGAAAAUUGAAGAAUUUGAAAACUAUUUGUCCUUAUAAUGCUAAACAAGCGGUAAAUGCACUCACAUUUGACCAAUCUGGGGCUUAUUUAGCAAUUGGUGGGGCAAAUGUUCAAAUAUUUCAAGUAAAAUCAUGGAAUAAAAUUUAUCAAUUUGAUGGACAUACCCAAGUAGUUACUGGAAUUAAUUUUGGAGAAAAUGCAAAAUUUGUUGCUUCGAGUAGUUUGGAUAAGACUGUUCGUAUUUUUGGGUUAAGUUGA